AUGCCUAUGGCCAGCAGCCUGUCUAUGGCCAGCCGCAGCCUUAUGGCCAGCAGCCCGGAUAUGGACAGCAACAGCCACCAUAUGGACAACAGCAGCAGCCUUAUGGACAACAACAACAACACCAACCCUAUGGAGCACCGCCGCAGCAACCAGCCUACGGGCAGCAAUACCCUCCCAACCAGGCUCAAUACUCAGCCCGGGUACCCUCAGGGAGGCCCCGGUUACCCUCCCCAAGGCGGUGCACCUGGUUAUCCUCCAGGGCCACAAGGAGGCCAGCAGUUCAAUGCUCCCCCAACUCCACAGCAGCAGGCAGCCUACAAGCAAGUCCUUCAGAGCUGUAUCAACGAGAAGAAUCUCCAAGGAAUGUACCCGCCAAACUCUCCUAUUCUCGACCAGAUAGUGAGCAAAAUCAGCGGCCAGGUGGAUCAGCUCUGUGCCACCUGGCGAGUUCCCCGCGAGGUUGGCCAAGAUGUUGUCAAGCUUGCGCUCUUCGAUGUUAUCCUCUACAUCGACGACAGCGGCUCUAUGCAGUUUGAGGAGAACGGUGAACGUAUAAAGGACCUCAAGCUUAUUCUUUCUCGCGUCACAUACGCCGCCUCUUUGUUCGACGACGAUGGUAUCCAGGUUCGCUUCAUGAACUCCAAUGAACAGGGCAACAACAUCCAUAACGAAGGACAAGUCGAGGCCCUUAUGCAGCGCAUGCAGUUCAAGGGUCUUACCCCCAUGGGAACCAGCUUGAAGAACAAGGUUCUAGAGCCCCUCGUCAUGGCUCCUGCCAGAGCUGGUCAGCUCAAAAAGCCAGUCUUGGUCAUCACGAUCACAGACGGUCAGCCUGCUGGUGAAGCCCAGGGAGCUGUGUUCGAUGCCAUCCGCAGUGCAACCCAGGAGCUCCAGUCUAACCCAAGAUAUGGUCGUGGGGCUGUCUCCUUCCAGUUUGCUCAAGUCGGCAAUGACCUGAAAGCCAGAGAGUUCUUGUCUAAGCUCGACGAAGAGCCUGGUAUUGGUGAACUUGUCGACUGUACUUCCAACUUUGAGGUUGAACAGGACGAGAUGUCUCGCGCCAACCCACCAGUUGACUUGACCCCUGAGCUCUGGCUUGCGAAGAUGUUGCUUGGUGCCAUUGACUCAUCCUACGACACCAAGGAUGAGAAAACCCAGCGGGCCCCUGGAGGAGCACCACCGCCGGGCCAAUACAACGCACCACCGCAGGGACAGUACGGCGGAUAUGGCCAGCAGCCUCCACCGCAGGGUGGAUAUCCCGGCGGCGGCUACAACCAGCCACCACCACCAGGCGGUUAUGGGCAACCACCACAGCAAGGCGGCUACGGUCGUCCUCCGCCAGGCCCUCCCCAGGGCGGGCCGGGCUACCCUCCACAGGGCGGAUACGGCGCACCUCCACCCGGUGGCCGUUACUAG